AUGAGGGCGUCAUUUCUUCUCGCGCCGCUGCUGGCGGGCGUUGCGGCCGCCUCGUUUGACCAGGAAUCAUCACAUCAUGAACAAGGUCCCCUUAUACUGCAGCCCCAGGAGGUGUAUGACGAUAAGGUUGCUCGUUACUAUAUCCUGUCCGGAGGCAGCGUCUUUGCCGUCAUCCUCAUCUGGUCUGCCAUCCUCCGCAUGUCCGCACACAUGCGGCGCCUCACAAGUCUCCCAAGCGACACCCAGCGGUACUUUGUCACAGCAGACAGCUUCUGGUCAUGGAUGAAACGUAAUGUGAUGUAUGCUCCUCUGCUGUGGAAGCGUCACAACCGCGAAUACCGGCUAUCUGCUGCAUUGAACAUGGGCACCCUUCCUACUCGAUUCCACACUGUGCUUCUACUGAUGGUGAUAGGGAGCAAUGCAUAUCUAUGCCUUCAUAACCUUCCCUUCUCGAAGCCCGAGAAGGAGUUUCUCCCGUCUAUUCGCAAACGGACCGGGACCAUGGCAACCGUCAACCUUAUCCCUCUUGUUCUCAUGGCUGGCCGGAACAACCCCUUGAUAAAGCUGCUGGAUGUCUCGUUCGACACCUGGAACCUUCUUCACCGCUGGCUGGGCCGCAUUGUGGUCCUGGAGUCGCUUGCACACACCAUCUGCUGGAUGGUAGGCAAGGUUCAUACUGAUGGCUGGGAGGCUACAUGGCAAUCAUUUACCUCUAGCAAUUUGAUAUUGACUGGUAUUGUGGCAACUAGCUGUGUCGUUGUCAUUUCCAUUCAUUCUGUCUCUGUACUCCGCCAUGCGUUCUACGAGACGUUCCUUCAUUUCCACAUUGCCCUUGUAGUAGUAUUCCUUGUAUUCAUGUGGUUGCACUUACUUGGUUAUCCUCAGCUUAAGUACCUGCUAGGUGCCAUCCUGCUAUGGGCUGUCGAGAGAGCAUGGCGCAUCAUUACUAUAGUUUAUAGAAACUUCCUACGUGGAAACACGACUGCAACAGUAGAAGCUCUUCCUGGAGACGCAAUGCGCGUUACCCUGAGAAUCGCACGGCCAUGGACGUUCAGGCCUGGUCAGCAUCUAUAUCUAUACAUCCCUUCCGUUGGCUGGUGGACAUCCCACCCUUUCAGUGUCGCUUGGAGUGACACUGAGGAAAGCGACUCUGACGAAAAGGGCCUUGUCAUGACCAAACAAGACGUCCUGGGCCUUCGACGGCCUACCAUGUCUCUCGUCAUCCGCCGAAGAACCGGGAUGACGAAUAAACUGUAUGAGAGAGCCACGAAGAACGGUGCAACGAGCGUCACUCUCUCCGCCAUGGUAGAAGGGCCGUACGGAGCCGAACAUGCCCUCGACUCAUACGGCUCGGUCGUUCUCUUUGCCGCUGGCGUAGGCAUCACCCACCACGUCCCUUAUGUACGGCAUCUCGUCGCUGGUUUCGCAGACGGCACGGCAGCCACUCGGCGCCUGACGCUCGUCUGGGUCAUCCAAUCACCAGAGCAUCUCGAAUGGAUCCGGCCCUGGAUGACCAGCAUCCUGACCAUGAACCGAAGACGUGAGGUUCUCCGAAUCAUGCUCUUCAUCACCCGACCACGCAACACCAAGGAGAUACACAGUCCCAGCACCACCGUCCAGAUGUUCCCUGGAAAGCCCAACAUCGGCACCAUCCUUGACGGAGAAAUUGAGAAGCAGGUCGGUGCCAUGGGCGUGAUGGUAUGCGGAACAGGCAGCUUGAGUGACGAGAUUCGAUAUGCGUGCCGAAAACGACAGAUUCCAACACACGUCGAUUUCAUCGAAGAGUGCUUCACUUGGUAG